UCCGCGCAGAAUCCGCUCCGGUUGUUCCCGUUCCACCUUCUUACAGUACUUACUCCUCGACAGUUUCUCGCUCCACGACCCGCCCCCUUCUCUCUCUCGGCCUUCUCUUCUUCUCUUCCAAGUCUCUUCGAGCGAUAUAAGAGAGAGAGAUAUCAAGUGUUUCUUCUGAUUGUACUCUGGAUUCUUGUUUUUUUUUUUUUGGUUCCAGUACUCUGGAUUCUGUUGCUUAGGAUCAUGAUCUGAAAGAGUAGGGGAUGGUCUGAUGGAGGCCAUACGGAAGCAGGCCAGCAGGUUCAGAGAGCAAGUGGCCAAGCAGCAACAGGCAUUUCUUCUGCAAUUUAGUCGGCGUUUUGGCCAUGAUUCUGGUCUGGUCGAUGAAGCUGAACUUGAAUGCCACGAAAAGCUUCAGAUGCUCUAUGGUUCUACAAAAGCGGCAAAGCAUCUUCAGCGGGAUAUUGUACGGGGUGUUGAAGCUUUUAUCUCCAUUAGUUUAAAGCAGAUGGAAAUAGUAAAAAAACUAGCUGAAGAUUGUCGCAAAUAUGGAACUGAGUAUCAAAAUCCCAGUUUUGUUCUUGCAACGGCUUCUCUUGACUUUGGUACUGCUCACAGUUUGAUGGAAAAAGAGAGGGAGAAUCUUAUCAAAAUUCUUGGAGAUCAGGUCUGUGAGCCAUUACGGUCAAUGAUAGUGGGAGCUCCUUUGGAGGAUGCUCGCCUCUUGACUUAUCAUUAUGAACGGAUCAGACAAGAUGUGGAAGCUCAGACAGCUGAAGUUGUAAGACGCCAAUUGAAGUCCAAGGAAGUUGGUGCUAGUGCAGAAAGUACGGUAAAACUUCAACAUGCAGAAGCAAAAUUAUCAGAACUGGAAGCUACUUUAUCAGCACUAGGGAGAGAAGCAACUGCUGCUAUGAUGGCUGUUGAGGCUCAACAGCAACAGAUAACUUUCCAACGACUACUUGCAAAGGUUGAUGCGGAGAGAGCUUACCAUCAAAGUGUUGCCAGUAUUCUAGACAAUCUCCAUGAUGAGAUGGUUCAAGCAAAGCAGCAUAAUGAGUCCAUGUUACAGUCAACAACAAUCAAGACUAAUCAGCCUUCUCAAACUGUAAAUGAAGAUCCGAAGACCAGUCAGUGUGCUGAUCUCUUGCCUUUAACAGAAAUUGAGAUUAACAUGCAUUCUCAAACUACAAAUGAAGAUCCCAAGUCAAGUCGAUCUGCUGAUAUCCCAGAAAAUAGCCUGACUACUACAUAUUUUGUUGCAGAAGUUAUUCACCCAUUUGAUGCUCAAGCAAAUGGGGAGCUAAAUCUCUCGGUUGGUGAUUAUGUUGUGGUCCGCCAGGUAGCACCUAAUGGAUGGUCCGAAGGCGAAUGCAAGGGAAGGGCUGGUUGGUUCCCCUCUGCUUAUAUAGAGCAGCGGGAAAAAGCCCCAGCGAGCAAGGAAACUGUCGGCCAAGUGGAUUACGAGAGCGGCUCAACCUAACUAGUUUGAAAUAGAUUAAAAGUACAUUGAUGUGUGACAGGUUGUUGGAUGUGAAGGUACUUUGUUGUCAGACGGCCUCUGCACUCUUCAAGAUUCGAGCAUGGCCUAUAACUCCCCGGGUCGUCGUCCUAACGGCUAUACGUUGAUUGCCAACGACUUUUCAAACCAUCUCAUGACUCCUGCAAGACCGAGGAAAAAAAAAGCGAUCAAAAGGAAAAAAAGAUAAAGGACGUCUCAAACCCUCAAUGGCCGUCUAAUUUGGUUGCAGCUAUACAUUCCAGUUGUGUAUUGAUUGUUCAACUAAAGUGCUAUCAUGUGUGUACGUUCUUAUUGUCCAGUUUGAUUGGGAAAAAUCUUAUUUUCAUU